ACCUCAUCGUACGCGUGCCAAUAUGUACUCUCCCCUUUCGAAAUUUCCAGGUAGCGACAAACCAGCCAUACUAUUCCGUCGGCAGCGCAAUGAAAGGCCCUUGGCGGUGUUCCUAAAUUGGUUUUAAUUUUGCGAGCUCGUUCAUUGGCUCGACGACUGGGAGAGAUAGGAUGGCUUGAUGCGGGGUGGGGGUGAUGUGGAUAAGGAGGUCCACCAGUAACUUCCCCCAAAAAUUCGGCUGCCAGACUUCUUCUUUGCAACAUAACUGCUACCAUCUCCAUCGUCUUGAUCGACUUUAGCGACGUAUUAUGUCUGCCAGGAAAAUACGACAAAAAACCGCCUCUGGACGACCACCCCAACGGAGUGCGAAGUUGACUUCCGAUUCAGGUCGCUCGACGUCAAGUUAUGUCGUGGCGUGCGUUAUUGGCGUUGGUGCCGCCGCUGCGUUGUCUUAUACGGGGUUGUAUGAUUUAGGCAGUGGGUUUGGUGAGAGUCUCGUUGAGAGGUUGAUGGGCAAGGAGGACGUCUUCGAGGGUAUUCCACCCCAGGCAGUCUUCGUCGACCCCCUCUCGUUCGCCGUCCUGGGCGAACACAGCCCAGCCUCCCGCAACGACUCCUUCACCACCCUCUUCAACCCAACAAACUCCACACCACCUUUCUUCCAGAUCUUCCAUCCUUCAUUCCUCACUUCUGUCCUCGGACCCAACGCCGUCAUCCGCUCCAUCGCAUCAAAUUCAACAUUCUCGUUUGCCCAUGAGGCACCGAUAUGGGACCCUGAGACGGACCAGGUCUGGUUCGCGAGCAAUGCGGGGGGAGCGUUGGGGAUGAGUGAUUGGCAUAGAAAUAGUGUGGUUAGUAGGGUUGACCUUGGGGAGGUGGAGAUGGCGUUGGAGUUCUUGGGAGAAGAGGAUAGGGGAGCGAUUGAGGUCGGUGUGACGCAAGUUGAUCUCCCAGAGGAGGUGCAGAUGACGAACGGAGGAACUGGGCCUUAUAAAGGCGAUUUGGUGCUCAUCAACUCUGGACGGGGCACACGGCCUCCCAAUAUUGUCCUCGUCAAUCCGAAACCACCACACAAUCUCACUGUCCUACUGGACAACUUCUACGGCCGCCAAUUCAACUCGCUGAAUGACAUCAAACUUCACCCGACCAACGGCAAGUUUUACUUCACCGAUGUUAUCUAUGGAUGGUUGUACCACUUCAGACCUCAACCCAUAUUGCCUAUACAACUGUACAGCUUCGAUCCCAAGACGGGUAUAGUACGAGCUGUGGCGGACGAUUUCGACAAGUGUAAUGGACUUGCAUUCAGUGCUGACGGCAAGAAAGCAUACGUAGCCGACACAGGUUCAGCGGGUGGUCUCCGCCUCGGAAAGAAUCACGCCGAUCCUGCUUCGAUAUAUGAAUACGACGUCGAUCCUCGCACAGGCACCUUCCGCGACCGUCGCGUCUUCGCCUACAUCGACACAGGAAUCCCAGACGGUCUCCAGUUUGACACCCAAGGAAACCUCUACGCCGGGUGUGGCGAUGGAGUACACGUUUUCAACCCUGAUGGUGUACUGUUGGGCAAGUUCUUCGUGGGGAAGACUAGUGCGAAUAUGGUGUUUGCGGGCAAGGGAAGGAUGGUGAUCAUGGCAGAGACGGAGGUCUACUUGGUUAGUGGAUUGAGGGUCGGUGGGUUGGACCUUGCGGGGUUUGUGUAGGCAUGUGAGGGCAUGAGAUGGAGAGAGAAGGCCCUCGUCGAUGAGGGCUCGUAUGUGGGCUUUGUAGAUGAUACGAUACGUGCUUCACUAUAGCUGACGUCCGAAAUUACGACUGACAAUGGCCCCGACUCCCCGACGUCCUUUUCAUAUAAAAGUAUUUGACUUUCUGCUGAUCAUCAACUCCCCACCGCGUACUAUUCCUUUCCAGGAUCAACAUUCUACCCACGAACUAUAUACGCGUUCAAGAAGUCCGAACAAAGGUCCGAAAAGCUUGACAGCGAAUGGCACGGCGGUCCGCCUUGGCUUCUCUCCUGCUUCUUUCUUCUCAAGCCAUCUCAGCCAGAUAUCUCAUGAUGCCCCUGUGUCCCUUUCAACGUCGUCAUCGCCAACACAACUUCCUAUAUUUCAUUCACGAGGAUAUUUUUUGUCCCGCAGUGCGAUCAGGUGCUCGGUCCAUGUACUGGGAAUUCCUAUACCGCGGACAAGAAUAUAUCUUCCAUGCCAAACGUCCUUGGCUCACUUGACUUGCCUCGAGCUUUUGCCGUCAUAAUUGGCGGGAAUAGGAGAUGAGAUGCAUCGACGCGCUCAGGCUAUAAAGAUGGCCGGAUGGUUCGACGGUCGGGUACGACAUCCCUGGCUUUCGUCUGUCAGAGACCAUGACCAUGCCAACUGGCCUACUCGCUUCCGCUGUGGUCGCAUUUGCCACCCUUGCACGUGCGGCGGAUAAUGUCACUCAGACUCCAGCUCAAGCCGUGCUCGUAGACCCUCUCUCCUUCGCAGCCCUAGGCGAAAAUAACACCCUCUUCCGCGACUCCUCCUUCACCUCCUUCUUCAACCCC